AUGCUUCAUUCUCAGGCGCAGGUACUUGUGGCAGCUUUGUUUUCCUCCAUGCUGGUGCAGGUCAGCAGUGCUCCACACAGGGACAUGAAGACAGAAAUGGCAAACCACGCAGAUGUAAAGGAUCUCACUCACUUGCUGCUGAAAUUUUUGCCCGAGUUGAUGUCAGGAAGAGCAGAACAGAUGUUUCCUGAGCUGGAGGAGGAUGAGAUGGGAGUCAGGGAUAAAGUGAUGCGGCGACACCUUCCCCUCUCUCAAAGGGAGCGCAAAGCAGGCUGCCGCAACUUCUUCUGGAAGACGUUCACCUCCUGUUAAU